AUGGAGCUAUCAACGGCGCGAGCAAUGGCGGCCGGUCCAUGGCUGUUGCUCCUCUGCGUCGCCACCGGCGUCGUGCUCCACGCUCACGCUCAGCCUGACAGCAAAGGAUUCAUAAGCAUAGACUGCGGCCUCUCGGGGGAUUCGGGGCACGUGGAUGAUACCACCAAGCUCUCCUACGCCCCGGACGCCGGCUUCACCGACGCUGGCACCAACCACAACGUCUCGGCCGAGUAUGUGACCCCGACCAUGGGCAAGACCUGGUACAACGUGCGCAGCUUCGCCGCUGGCAAGCGUAACUGCUACACGCUCCGGUCCCUCGUCUCCGGGCUCAAGUACCUCAUCCGGGCCACGUUCAAGUACGGCAACUACGAUGGCCUCAACCUCCACCCGGUGUUCGACCUCUACAUCGGCGUCAACUACUGGCAGACCGUGAACAUCUCCAGUCCGGAUGCGGUGAUGUUGGUGGAGGCAAUCGUGGUGGUGCCGGACGAUUUCGUGCAGGUGUGCCUGGUGAACACCGACGCCGGGACGCCCUUCAUCUCUAGCCUUGUGCUGAGGCCGCUGAAGCGGACGCUCUACCCGCAGGUGACUGAGGUGCAGGGGUUGACCCUGCUGGACAGACUCAACUUCGGCCCGACCAACGAUAGUUUCGUUGUCAGGUAUCCCGAUGACCCACACGACCGGAUAUGGUUCACUAUGGUCGACACGGCGACCUGGGCCAGUAUAUGGACGCCGCAGAAGGUGCAUACCGUAGACGACGACCUAUUCGAGGCGCCGUCGGCGGUGUUGCGGACGGGGAUCAUGCCGCGGAAUGUCUCUCAGAACAUAGAGCUCACAUGGUCCUCCGAUCCCACCCCGAUGGACCCUUCACCGGGGUACCUCAUCGUCCUGCACUUGGCCGAGCUGCAGGUCCUCCGCAGCAACGCCCUGCGGGAGGUGAGAGUCACCAUCAACGACAAGCCGUGGUUUACGUCGGACUUCACCUUCUCGCCGGUUUACCUCUAUGACAUCCCCUUCUACAACCGUCAACCCUUCCAGUACAGCCACUACAACCUCUCCGUCGAGGCCACAAGUAACUCCACGCUGCCGCCCGUCCUUAACGCUGCCGAGAUCUUCACCGUGGUUCCCACCACCAACCUUGGCACGGAUCCCGAGGAUGUAUAUGCAAUCACGGCAAUCAAGGCGAAGUAUCAAGUGAGCAAGAACUGGAUGGGUGAUCCUUGCGCUCCAAAGGCCAUGGCGUGGGAUAGGUUGACCUGCAGCUACGGCGCCAUUGGCAGCCGUCCAAGGAUCACAAGCGUAAGCCUGUCUUCCAGUGGUCUCAGUGGUGAGAUAUCGUCUUCUUUCACUAACCUCAAGGCAGUCCAGUACUUGGACCUGUCAAACAAUAACUUGAUAGGCUCGAUUCCAGAUACCCUUUCAGAGUUUCCUGUACUGAAAGUUCUGGAUUUGUCAGGCAACCAGCUCAAUGGUUCAAUCCCCUCUGGACUCCUCAAAAGAAUUCAAGAUGGUUCACUUGAUCUAAGAUAUGUCAACAAUCCAAACCUUUGCACCGAUGGCAAUUCGUGCCAACUGCAUGCCAAAAAGAAAAGCAACAUAGCACUCUAUGUAGCUGUCCCUGCAGUAUUGCUUGUGGUGAUAGUAUCAGUGACAGUUCUACUCAUUUGCUUGGUAAAACGAAACAAACAAGGAUCAAUGGACAACUCGAUAACGCCAGAGAAAUAUAAGAUCCCGAGCAACCCAACGACAAAUGAUGUGGACAGCCAGAGUUCGCUGCGACAUCUUGAGAGCCGUCGGUUCACGUACAAGGAGCUUGAGAUGAUAACGACCAACUUUCAGCAAGUGCUAGGCAAAGGAGGGUUUGGGUAUGUCUAUAACGGCUUCCUAGAGAACGGUAUCCAGGUUGCGGUGAAGCUGCGGUCACAUUCUUCGAAUCAAGGAGUCAAGGAGUUUCUCGCAGAGGCUCAAAUUUUGACACGGAUUCAUCACAUGAAUCUUGUCACCAUGAUUGGUUACUGCAAGGAUGGGGAGUACAUGGCACUUGUCUAUGAGUAUAUGUCUGAAGGAACCUUGCAAGAGCAUAUAGACGGAAGCAAUCGCAGUGGAGCAUGUCUUCCCUGGACACACCGGCUGAGAAUCGCCCUUGAAUCUGCCCAAGGACUAGAGUACCUACACAAGGGUUGCAAUCCACCCCUCAUCCAUCGGGAUGUGAAGGCCACCAACAUAUUGUUGAACGCGACGUUGGAGGCUAGGAUUGCUGAUUUUGGCCUGUCCAAGGCUUUCAAUAGCAAUGACACCCACGUGUCUACAAACACGCUCGUCGGCACACCAGGAUACGUCGAUCCCGAGUACCAAAUGACCAUGCAACCAACUGUCAAAAGCGAUGUGUACAGCUUCGGAGUUGUGCUGCUAGAGUUGGUCACUGGAAAGCCGGCCAUUCUUCGGGAGCCAGUGCCCGUCAACAUCAUCCAGUGGGUACGACAACGGCUGGCACAAGGAAACAUUGAGGCCAUAGUGGAUACCCGCAUGCAUGGUUGCUAUGAUGUCAAUACCGUGUGGAAGGUUGCAGACAUCGCCCUCAAGUGCACUGCACAAUCCUCAGCCCAGCGUCCCAACAUGACCGAUGUGGUGGGACAAUUGCGAGAAUGCAUUGAGCUAGAGAAUGGACACUCUCGAGAUGAUGCAAACAAUGGAUUCUACACCGGUAGCAGCGGCAAUGACCCAAACAUGAGUUAUGAUUCUUACACCACUGAUCAGUCCACCAAUGUGAGCCCGAACAACGCUUCAUUUGAGAUGGAGAAACGUCUUAUGAGGGUACCAACAAUGCCCACCGGUCCCGCUGCACGUUGA